GUGCCAAUAAUUUGACAGAAAGUGGCACCACUUGUAAAUAAACAUAGUGAGCAUAUAACCAAAUACCGGUCUAUUUUACGAAGUGUGGCAUUGAUCAAAGGAGAGGAUGAGGGAGCCUUCAUCCAGCGAGGGAGAGUCGGAAAACGAAACAAAUGAUGAUGAGAGUUCAGACAUUCUCAGCAUUCAGAACAGUGUGGAUCAAAAGAGUUUGUCCGCAAGCGGUGAAAACCUUAGUGUUGUCAGUUCACAUGGCCGGGGACCACCCCGGCCCGCGAGCCCAUCACCCUCCCUUAUCAGUGACAGGGAGAAAGCGAUCGAGGAUACAGAAAAAUUGGAACGGGAAGAAGAGGAGAGAAAGAAACGCCUUCAGUUGUAUGUGUUUGUAAUGAGAUGUAUAGCCUACCCAUUCAAUGCCAAACAGCCAACAGAUAUGGCUAGGAGACAAACAAAAGUUACAAAACAGCAGCUACAGACAAUAAAGGAAAGAUUUCUGGCCUUCCUUAAUGGAGAGACCAGUAUAGUGGCUGAUGAGGCCUUUACUAAUGCUGUACAAAGUUACUAUGAGGUGUUCCUAAAGAGUGAUCGAGUGGCCACAAUGGUGAAAAGUGGUGGAUGUUCUGCAAAUGAUUUUAGGGAAGUUUUCAAAAACAACAUAGAGAAACGCGUUAGGAGUUUACCAGAAAUAGAUGGAUUAAGUAAAGAAACUGUUUUAAGUUCAUGGAUGACAAAAUUUGAUGCAAUUUUCCGUGGAGAGGAAGAUCCACGUAAGCAACCUCAGCGCAUGACAACUGCAGCAUCAGAAUUGAUUCUUAGCAAAGAACAGUUAUAUGAGAUGUUUCAGAAUAUACUUGGAGUCAAGAAAUAUGAGCACCAGAUUUUGUAUAAUGCUUGUCAGCUGGACAAUGCUGAUGAACAAGCAGCCCAGGUUCGUAGAGAGCUUGACCGACGUCUACAGCUGACAGAACAGAUGUCAAGGAUGAGGAAACAUCCCAAAUUUGUGGUGAAGGAGAUGGAGAGUAUGUAUAUGGAUGAAUUAAAGUCAGCCAUUAACCUUCUAAUGGCUAAUCUAGAGAGUUUACCUGUGUCGAAGGGUAGCACUGACUCCACCAUAUCAAGGCUACAGAAACUUAAACGAUACAACAGGACUCAGCACUCCUCCCUGUCGAAGAUGGAUAUCAAUGAUGAAACAGACUCGGGGCUUUCAAAGCUAGAUGUUGUCCUUUCAUUUACUUUGGAGGUUCAUGUUGUGGAAGUAAAGGGUCUAAAAUCACUGGCUAAUAAUAAGAUAGUUUACUGUACAAUGGAGGUGGAAGGAGGAGAAAAGCUGCAAACAGACCAGGCAGAGGCCUCUAAACCAAGCUGGGACACUCAGGGAGAUUUCACUACAACACACCCACUGCCAGUGGUCAAGGUCAAACUCUACACAGAAAGUUCAGGCAUGCUCAGUCUGGAGGACAAGGAACUUGGAAAGGUGGUGAUUCCAGUGACAGCCAACAGUAGCCGCCAGCCUGAGUGGUACCGCAUGCACACCACCAAAAACUGUGCAGAUGACCUUAAAAUCAAGAUAGCAGUCAGGAUGGACAAACCACAGAACAUGAAGCAUUGUGGAUAUUUAUAUGGAAUUGGAAAGAAAGUAUGGAAGAAAUACAAGAAAAGAUACUUCGUUUUGGUGCAGGUGUCCCAGUACACAUUUGCCAUGUGUAGCUACAGAGAGAAAAAACCAGAUCCCACAGAGAUGAUGCAGCUUGACGGAUUUACAGUGGAUUACUGUGAACAAAUUCCAGAAGCUGAGGGCUUAGGAGGGAAAUAUUUCUUCAACUGUGUCAAGGAAGGAGACAAUGUGACAUUUGCCACAGACGAUGAAAAUGAAAGGACACUUUGGGUACAGGCUAUUUAUAGAGCAACGGGGCAAACACAUAAACCAGUGCCCCCUGUUGUACAGACUAAUAAAAUAUCCAACACUCAGAUCUCUCGGAUGCAGGGAGAUGCUGACAGAGCUAGAAAGCAUGGUCUAGAUGAGUUUGUUCAGGCCAAUCCUGUUAUGUUUGACCACCAUGAUCUGUUUGCCAUGCUUCAAACUCUGACACUGGACUAUCGACUCAAUGAUGCUUACACAUGUCUGGGCUGGUUCAGUCCUGGACAGGUGUUUGUGUUGGAUGAGUACUGUGCCAGGUAUGGAGUGAGAGGCUGUCACCGACACCUGUGUUACCUGAAUGACCUGUUAGAACGGGCCGAGUCUGGCAUCAUGAUUGACCCCACUCUUAUUCACUACAGCUUUGCUUUCUGUGCUUCACAUGUACAUGGAAACAGUUUUGAGGUCAAAAUUAAACUAAAGCGGGGAAAGAGGCCUGAUGGUAUUGGUACUGUUUUGUUGAGGGAAAAACUACAGUUUGAUGAAAUCAAGGAAAGACUUAGGAUUCUACUUGAAAACCAGAUUACACACUUUAGGUACUGUUUUCCUUUUGGAAGACCAGAGGGGGCAUUAAAGGCCACACUGUCACUCCUUGAGAGGGUUCUAAUGAAAGAUAUAGUGACCCCUGUACCACCAGAGGAAGUCAGAAAUGUCAUUAAGAAAUGUCUGGAAAACGCUGCUCUCGUUAACUACACCCGAAUCUCCGAGUAUGCCAAGAUUGAAGAUUCGUAUAAUGAGGAGGUAUCCCCAAAGAAACGUCUGGAUGAUGUCAUUCACCUGGCCGAGCUGUGUAUUGAGGUCCUACAACAAAACGAGGAACAUCACGCUGAGGCAUUUGCAUGGUUCAGUGACUUACUGGUAGAGCAUGCCGAGAUUUUCUGGUCGCUGUUUGCUGUUGACAUGGAUUCUACACUAGAAAUGCAGCCCCCAGACACAUGGGAUAGCUUUCCACUGUUCCAGCUUCUAAACGAUUACCUCAGAAAUGAUGAAAACCUCUCAGGCGGAAAGUUCCACCAGCAUCUGCGUAUGGCGUUUGCGCCCCAGGUUGUGAGAUAUGUGGAUCUAAUGGAGUCUUCUAUUGCCCAGUCCAUUCAUAAAGGGUUCGAGCGAGAACGCUGGGAGCCUCAAGGGAAUGGUUGUGCUACAUCUGAAGAUAUGCUGUGGAAGCUGGAUGCCCUCCAGAGUUUCAUUCGAGAGCUCCACUGGCCAGAUGAAAUGUUUGCCGAUCACCUGGAUCAUCGUUUGAAGCUUAUGGCUGCUGACAUGAUUGAGGCUGCAGCAAAGCGAACCCUGAAGUCCUUUGAGGCAUGGCUAAGGAAAGGAGGAAAAGGAACAGAUUAUUUACUAUAUCCUGAAAUGGCUGUUAUGAUGAAUGUCAUUAUUGACUGUAAAACAAGGGCUCUGCAUUUGUGUGCUCUUGACAGCGGGGAAAAUAUGAAACUUAGAGAGAAUUUGCAUCAGUAUCACACUAAAAUUGAAGAUUUCCUGGACAGGAUACAAGUUCAGAUGGUCAAAUGUUUGAUAGAAAAGUUGCUGUCAGUACUAGAGUCUGUGUUAAGUAAACUUGCCAGAUAUGAUGAGGGAACCUUCUUUUCAUCCAUCUUAUCAUUAACAAAACCUGUGAAUGAGCUUGGCAAGGCAUAUGUGGACUUUAUGAGAGGUAACCUGGACAUACUUAGACAGAAGAUAGCUGAUGAGUUAUUUACUCUCUCUAUAUUUGAGCAAUGGUACUCAGGUCAAAUGAAGAUGAUAUGUGAUUGGUUAUCAGACAGACUGGACUUGAGUCUCCACCCAUAUCAGUUAACAUGUGUCAUGACUAUCAAUAGGAAAUGUUUUUCUGAUUUUGAGCUCCAGGGAGUUCCUGAGAACAUAUUAAAUGCCAAAACCUAUCAAACCAUCUGUAGCAGACUUCAGGUGGAAGAGGCCACACAGUCUGUCACACAAUCAGAGAACAACAGCAAGACAUCACGAUUCCUGGGGGGUGGGGGAAGUUCUAUGGGUGGGGCCAGUAGUGGAACGGGCAGCCAGGCUAGCGGGGAUGAGUCGGAUUGAAACAGGAGACAAUUCAGAAAUAUGUGAUCUUUUUUGAAUCAGUCAGUUUUCAUAAUGAAAACUUGUCAAUAUUGUUGCUUAAAUUUGAAGAGAUUUAGAAAUAUAAAGGCUAGUCGUGUUCAAUACAGAAAAUAGUUUUGUAGAAAUUCAGACCUGUUCAACACAUUGUGUGUAACUAUAGGGUAGAUGCCAAAUCCAAUCCUAAAAGAAUUUAGGCUAAUAUAUGAACUUGAAAUAACUAUUAUUAAGCAGUUCAUUUGGAAAAAAAAUAUGCAAUUAGGUGAAUUAAAUCAUUGAAAUUUAGGUUGUAGUGAAAAUUAUCAUUUUUUAGCAUAUACUUGCAUUUCUUUACUGUUCAAACAACAAAAAAAUGUGGAAGAUAGAAUAGAUAAUUGUGAUGCCAGGGUAGAAGAUUUGGUACAUAAUAUGUUGUACUACAUUGCUUAACUCCCAAUAUUUUACUGCUGCUUUUCUUCUUAUAUUUAGCACAUCUUAGCUUUUGUAGAGAAUCUCGUAAACAUCAUAGAAGGGACAUUAGUUGAACCCUUGCCCCUAUAUUUUACUGUGAAGAAUGAGAUAAAAAAAUUAAUGCAAUAUGGUCUAUAGUUUUACAUAUUUCGAUUGUGUAAAUUAAUUUGAUGUAUGGCAAGACUGAUUUUUCUGAAGAAUAUUAUCUUCAUUUUAACAAUGUACCUCAGAGUAUACUACAGGUAACUCUUGAUGGCUCGAACUUCGAUCUCUCGAAGUUCUUGAUUGCUCGAAGUGAGUCUCCAGUCCCGAAUUUUUCCCCUAUAUAACUAAGCAAAUUUACUCUUGAUUUCUCUAAUUCUUGAUCUCUCGAAACCCUUGAUCCCUCGAAGUCAGAAUGCAGUCCCGCUAUGCAUAUUCUAUUAGAAUUUACUCUCGAUACCUCGAAGUGGCUAUGUGUAUACAAGGUUAUAUAAUUAGCACCUUUACCUGGACAUUUUAAUGGCCCAAGGCAGAAGACGUGGGUCUCGAGGAACGGGAUGUUUAUUUAGGUGACACUUAUGCUGCAAGGUGAUAAUUGAUUUAUAAUUAUCCAUAUUUUGUCUAUAUGCUAUUAAAAUAAUUAUCAUCGACUGUCUUACGAUAAUUUAGAGACGCAGUGUCAGUGAAACGUAGUAAUUGAUUAAAAGACAAAACACUCGAAGUUUUUCCUCGGUCCCGCGGACUUCGAGGAAUCGGGAGUUACCUGUAUAAUCAUACAUAAUUUAAUGCACUCAAAAUUAGCACAAUCUUCCUCAUGGACUGAUUUGCAUAAUGUUAAAGUAGGGUAUUUGGGGCCAAGUUUUUGUGAGUAUAUAUGUUUUAAUUAUAUAUUAGUGUAUACUUGAAUAAGCAGAUAAUAUACAUGUAAAAAGCAGCAUGAAAGGCGCUAAAAUGUGAUUACCUCUAAAAAAGUACGUUUACAGUAAUGCAUUACAGAAGUAUAUUCCAUUACAAGAUAUCAUUAACAUUUAUGAUUUAAAGAACUGAAAUGACUUCAUUUGAAACAAUUCAGAUGAACUUGUAAAUCACACUUUUGCAUCACUAGAAACUUGUUUUUAAGUCUAUUGAUACAUUACACAAUCUCAUGCAAAGGUUGUGCUUAUACUCGCACACUGUUUUGAUUCUAGGGGUGUCUGGUUUGCCAUAGUGCAGUUAAAUUUACAUAUUUUUUCCUAGGGUAUUUAAGGUUUUAACUCUUGAAUUUUUCAGAAUUAAUGUAACAUUGCCUAAGAAGGAAAAAAGUUGUACAUUUGUUAGCCAAUUGUUUUUCUUUAUCAAAAUAUAAACAAAAUUAAGAAUUGCAUUACUCAAAGUAAUUUUACUUUCGUAUUAGUGGAAAAUGGCAGUUCAUUUGCUAUUGAAUAUAUUGAUAUGUAGUGUAUUCAUCAUAGUUUUACAAGCCCUACCAAAAGUUAAGUAUUUUGUACUACAUGUAUUUUGAGUUGUGUACUUCGGUUUUGUUUAUUUUGAGAAGCACUGCCAUUGAUGUAAAAACUCUCAUGAAUAAUUUUUAAAAUAGUUUUGAUACUUUUGCUAUUGAUUUCCUGCUCUGAAUAGUAAAUGAGAAUCUGUAACACUUAAAAUUAUUCCAUCAUCAAUGUUCAGCACAAUUAUAAAUGUACAUGCAUAUUUCUCCCUUACCUUUUUGAACGGUGUCUAUUUAACUAAAUGCUAGCUUCCCUAUAAAAGCAACAACAAUCAAUGAUUAUAAUUGAUUGACUUUUCAGUGUGUUUUUAACCUGAUUCUUAAGAACUAGCUUCUUAAUACAUUAUUAAAUUCAAAAACUGUCUUGGGAGUGUCUGACUGUUUCAUAGUGAAAUAUUUAAGGAGAAUACUAGUAAUAGCUGUGAAGAAAAGCUCCUAAUAAGUCAGGGCAAUGUAGGGAUUUUUUUUAUGUUGGUAGCAAAAUACAUUGCAUUGAAAUAAACUUAAGUAAACUUUGUGAUGUGCAGGUAUACUUUUGUCUAUAUAUUCCACAGAAAUUUGGUUUUUAAUAUAGUUUCUUGAGUAUUACAUAUAAUAUUGGAUGUUAUUGACAAAGACAAGCAUAAUGAGUUGUGUAAUGUAUUGUUUAUUUAUUUGAAAUCCAUUCCUAAUGUGAGCAUUCCUUUUUUUUUUUGUAGUACAUAAACAUGUAUUUUAAGUAAACUAAAUGGAAACAAUUUGGAAUUGGAUCUAUAGGUAUAGUUGUGUUCUAGAUGAUGAGGUUGUGCUAUAUUAUUCUGUUGAUCUCAUAUUUCUGUUCGGUUGACUUGAUUACAUUUUUGUUAGUUGUUACUUAUGUUCAACUCUUAUUUUACAAAGUGGGGCAUAUAUACAAUGUCAUGUUUUCAUUAUUAUUUAAAUAAUAUAUUUACUAUAAGAAAUCCAUUCAAUAUUUUGCUAUAUACACAGGUAUGCACCUACAUGUGUAUACAUGUACAUUAAGUAUCCAUUUUUAAGAAAUCCAAGGAAAGGAAAGCAAUUUUUCUCUACAUAUUUAAAUGAAGAAUUGAAUGAACGGGAAACUUAUAAUGCAUCUAAACACUGUAUUCAGUUAGGUCUCUGAGACACAGUUUUUGUAGGAUCUGUUGUUAAAUCCAAUAUAUGUUGUUUCUUCUUGUUAUUGACAAUUAUGCAAUUUGCGUGCAAUAUUUAUUAAAAGUAUGAAAAUCUGUAUUAAAAUGUAGAAUACUGUCUUUUAGUUUUUGAUUUCCUGCAAGCUUUUGCAAGAAUAAUGUAUGCUCUUGGCUGUAGUAAUAGAUUUAUGCUAAGUAAAUUUUGAUACAUGA